AAGCAGGCUGAUCUUGCUUGAAUGCUCGUUUCCGCUGCAAGUUUUUUUCAGCAAUUGAGUCUUUUCCUCUUCUCCUUUGUCGCUGCCUGUGAGUUUGGCCGAGGCAGGAGAACAGCGGCUGAAAAUGGAGUUCACCGAGGAGUUCACGGACGAGGCUCUAGAUGGUUAUCCAGUAGAGUACCAAGAGACAUACGAGGAUGUACGGCCACAUCAGUCGUCCUAUGUCGUUCCCGACAACGUGAGGAACUUCCUCAUCCAGUUUCAGCGUCACGUCAACCAGAGGCACGUGGACGACAUUCACCAGCUUUACGACAGCGGAUUUAAUCGCCUGACUGAGCGUUUCUACAAGACCACAGCUUGGCCAAGUGAAGUUGUCGGCCCACUCGUCAACGGCGAUCCUCUCUUCUUGAUUCUGUAUCGCGAGCUGUUCUUCCGUCACAUCUACGCCCGCCUGCAGCCGGAUGUGUACCAUCGCUGUCAGUCCUACUACAACUACUGUGACCUCUUUAACCACAUUCUCAGUGAUGACGAUCCGCUCAACUUGUCGCUGCCCACACAGUGGCUCUGGGACAUUGUCGAUGAGUUCAUCUACCAGUUCCAGUCGUUCACACAGUACCGCUCCAAGCUGAGCAAGAGGUCAACAGAAGAGAUUGACUACCUACGUAAUCACCAACAGGUAUGGAAUGUUCACAGUGUCCUGAACGUUCUGCACUCUCUGGUGGAGAAGUCCAACAUCAACCCACAGCUUGAGGCCAUCAACUCCUGCCAAGACCCAGAGAAGGUUGCUGGUACUUAUGGCGGUGACUCGCUCUACCGUAACCUUGGUUACUACAGUCUGAUUGGCCUUUGUCGGCUGCACUGUCUGCUCGGCGACUAUCGACAGGCACUCAAGGUGCUCGACCGCGUCGACCUCAACAAGAAGUCUACAUUUGCCAACGUGCCCACGUGUCGAGUGACCCUCUUCUACUACGUCGGCUUCGCUUACUUGAUGAUGCGCCGCUACACAGAUGCUAUUCGUACCUUCUGCAGUAUACUGCUAUAUCUUCAGCGAACAAAGCUGCUUAUUCCCAAGUCCUACCAGUACGAUCAGAUGGUGAAGCAGACGGAGAAGAUGUACCAUUUGUUGGCGAUCUCACUGACGUUUUGCCCCAUGAGUGUGGAUGAGAGCGUCAACUCUUCAAUGAGAGACAAGUGCGGUGAGCGCAUGCACAGGCUGACAGCCGGAGAUGAGAAGACGUUCACCGACAUGUUCUCCUUCGCCUGUCCCAAGUUCCUUUCGCCUGUUCCGCCGCCGUUGGAUGCUGGUCAGGACUCCCACAUGGACGCCUUCAACGCUCAGAACAAGAUCUUCCUGUCGGAAGUCCGGCAGCAGGGCCUCAUUCCGGUCAUUCGCAGCUACCUGCAAUUGUACACGAGUAUGCCGAUCGCCAAGAUGGCUGCGUUCAUGGACUUGGAUGUUGAGGAGUUCCGAACACACUUGCUGCGCUACAAGCACAAGAUGUACACGCCAGUCUGGACCAGCGGACCUCUGCUCGGCGGUGAGCUGAAGUCCGUGGCCGGAACAGACUUCUUCAUCGAAGGCGAAAUGAUCCACAUCACAGACACGUCUGUAGCGCGGCCGUACGGCGAGUACUUUGUCAGGGAGACGGCCAAGGUUGCCGAGCUUAACAAGAGCUUCCGCUCGAUGAUCAGCCACAUGCGCUAAUCACACUUUCUACUCACAAGCAGCAACACAUCGUUAGGUGGUCGUAGCGUCCGUCAUGUGCUCGUAGUCUUACGUAUCAUCAACUUUUCUUUACUUUCGAUGAUCGCUCCUUGCACAUAUUUAAGUUGCCACCAUUUGGGAAGAACCUCAACUCGGCCAUAACACACA